CUCGAACCAAUUGGCAUUUUUAAGCGAAAGGAAACCUAAUUUUUGCCCUAAAAUCGGACAAAAGAGCUUCACGAAGCCGAAAUCGAAUUCGACCCGAAUCUCCAAAUCGGAGCCUCGGUAAUGGAUCCGAAUGGCCGUCUUCCUUCCAGAUUCAACCGCCUCCGUGAAUCCUCCGCCGUCUCCGAUCGCCUCCUCGGCACUUUCACCGCCCAAGGACCUCGCAUCGACAUCCCCUCCUCCUCCGCCGUCGUCGCCGACGGCGAUCUCAACGAGGACGAUAUCUUCGCCACAGACCUCUCCCACACGCCUCGCUCAUCUUCUUCAUCCUCAGCUUUCCUGGCUGUUCCGCCGGCGUCGGCCCGGCCUAUCCAAAGGACCAGAAGCGGUUUGAAGACCGUCGAGGCUUCUGGAAUCCUCGCCGCGCUUCCAGAGCCUUCCGGAAGCAAUCACCUCGGCCAUGUUUUUCACCACAAAUCGGCGGCGGCUCUCUCCACCUCCGUCUCCUCCACCGCUUCUUCGCCGUCUUCUUCCGGCGGCGCAUCAGCGGUUUCGUUGUCAUCGGCUCCCCCGCGCCCAACCGCUCCGAAACCGCCGCAGGAGAGGAUCCCUUUCCAGUCGUCGUCGAUCGGUGGCGGGAAGUAUCCCCAAUCGGCCCCGGUGCAGGUUCCGGUGAUGUCUCUGUCGAUGAUGAAUCGACGACGGAAGGAGUUUGACCUGGCGGACGUGGUGGACGACGAGGAAGAGGAGGAAGGCGAGAUGCUUCCUCCGCACGAGAUCGUAGCUCGGUCGCUGGCUCAAUCAUCACUGCUGUCAUGCUCGGUGUUGGAAGGAGCAGGAAGGACGCUCAAAGGAAGAGAUCUCCGGCAGGUAAGGAACGCUGUUUUCAGAAGAACAGGUUUCAUAGAUUGAUUGAAUUCUCGGAGGCAUUCUUUAAUUUAUUAUCGGAUUGGCUAGAAACUUCCGUGAAUGUCAUGUAUUUCCCUACCUUGACUGCUGUUGCUUCAGAGCAAAGAGAACCCUAUUCUUGUCAAUAUAUUGUUUCUAAGGAUUGGAUGUUA